AUGGUAGGACCAUACUUAAGACAGUUCGAGCAGUUGAAAAACGUGCCCAAAAAUGUAUUGAAGAACAAGGUGGUGUUUUCGAGCAUCUUCUUUAAAAAAAAUUGUUAUUGUAUUUUGUAAGAUUAUAAGUUGAUGUUGAAAAUAAAGUUUGUCGAUACAAUUUAAUUGUUUCAGAUUGGAGGCCAUAACUUCAACAAUUUGUAACCUAGGAGAAAACUUAUUGUAAGCUUUUUUGUUUAAAAUUUAAUGCUUUAACAGAAAAAAAUAUAAUAUACAGGGGUUUCCAUUUAAAAAAAUGUUAUUUUACUGAAAAAAAUCAAAAUAACGACUCUCAAUUGUUUUUUUUUAUUUCUCAUUUUUACCAGCGUUAAAAAUGCUACUAGUUUGCUAAUUCAAACAACUUUGUAUUUUCACUAAUAACAAAGUUACUAAUGGUGGACACUUAAUUUGGAUAACCCUGUAUAUGCCUCUACCGGCUCUACCGCGUUGCGCCCUAUUUAAAAAUCGUUAACGACUUCCACUUCCGUCUGGCGUGAUCGCGACCCCUACUGCAGUGAAGCCCCCUUCAGUUGUCUUCAUUGCUGCCGCUUCAUUCGAAUCGACUCAACCGCGGUACUUGUGAUCUCACAUUCUAUUAAGCCGGUGUCUCCCGGAUUACAUCUUGGUAUUUUUGCUCAGGUAUUAUUUCAUCUUUAAACAUUCAAAAUGGUUGAAGCUUUCCUUGGCAAGAAGUACAAACUGGAUUCCAGUGAAAACUUUGAUGAGUUCAUGAAAGCCCUGGGU